AUGUGCGCCUUAGUGGGGACCCCACAAGAAGUAACCAUAAGGAGAGAUGUCUCAGACAUUAUAGACAUUGUUAGGCAUCAAGCAUCAAACAGUCUUGAUUACACGAUGAUGUCCAGUGGAAGUUUUCGAGAAGGAUUCAGGAUGAAGAGUUCAGAUUAUGAUAGCAUGCAUUGGCCAAAUAAUCAGAGAGUAGUCUGGGAUUUGUGCCAAGUUCAGUAUUACGAUAUUCAGAGAAACACACUGAUUCUUGCUGAUACUUCUGAAAGCCCACCAGGAUACGCUUUACUUUGGUUACCGAUACCAAAUAGAGCAGCCAAAAGUUUGUCAUCCGUUGUUUUCAGAAUGAAUAAUAGAGUUUAUAUAUCUAGUUCUGCUUACAAGGAAACUUUCUUUUCACCAAUGUGGCCUGGUUCUAAUGUACACGGACCGUGUCAUAGUGGAUUUUACGGUGGUUUGAUCGAAUAUGACGAGGCUUACUGUUUGGCAUGUGACUUUUGGCCCCCAUCUGCCUCCUCAUGGAUAGCACGAUGUCACUCAUGGCCCAAAUCUCAUGUUGUUCGUGACAUAGUCAGUCAUGGGUGUCACUUUGUUGCAAUAGGCCAUAAACUUGGAAAUCAUGAAGAUGAAGAAUGGAGGAUUUCUUUUUCUUUGGCGGAGCAAAAACUUGUCUACUCAAUGAACCACUGUCAAUUCUUAACGUACGGGAUACUUAAACUGUUCAUGAAUGAUGUUUUGAACAGCAACCACAAUCCAAAACUCUAUAAAUCUAUAGAAGAACCCACUCUGCUGUCUGAAACUGAGUUAGAUAUACAACUGUUCAAAGAGAUUUAUACAAACCGUGUAAGUACAGCCGAAUCAACCUUGAAAAGCUGCAUUAAGUUCCUAAAUGCAGUAGAAUUCUUGAUAGGCACUCCUUUGACACAAUAUCAACUUGUCAAAAUAGAAAAACACACAGCUUGUAUUCUUCAGAGCACUUCCUUUGUACUAUACAAUACGUUCACUGCAUUUAUAUUACACAAUGUGCAAGGUAAAGAAGAUAUUAACAAAUUUAAGUACAUUAUUGACAAAAUAGCACAUCGAAUGCUUCGACUGGCAGCGAAGUUUGGAUUUAUUUCUGAUACGUUGUUUUUGGCAAUGUAUUACUACAAGACAUAUAGAUACAAGGAAGCUUUAGCUGUACUGCAGAUCAUAAAUGUCAAGACAGCACAACCAUUUCUGAUGCAUCUUCAAAGUGUAAAUGAGGAGAAGUAUAGAGAGGCUAUGGGGGGACUGUCAUGGUCCACAAAGGCCAGAGAGGCUGUAAUGAGCAAUGUCUGUCUUUUCAAUGAUCUGUGUUAUUUCAAUGAGUUAAUCAUAGAACAGCAAUCUAGUUUACAGAGUCCCUGGUACUUUUUAUUCAUACCACCCCUUGUAUUGUUACGUAUGCUAGAAUUCCUAUGUUACUCACAUAUUGACAUAAAGAAGGCACAAACAGCCGUAUAUGAUCUACAAGUUCUUGUUCACCAUGACCAGGAAGUAUUUCUAAAAGGGCUCAAAGACAUCUCAUGGCAGAUUUUGGGAAUCUGUCAACAUAUGACAGGCAAUCUACAGGCUGCUCUUUACUCCUAUCAACAGUCUCUCCGACAAGUCCGAGGAGCUCCUGGCACCCCAGGUGAUGAUAUAUUUGUGAGGACCUCUGAGGAGGCAUUACCUUUACUUUUUUGCUAA